UAUUUUUAUUAUCCCAGCACAUCACUCCAUUUGACUUUGAAUCUCAAGGCAUCGAUCGCUUUUUCUAUGAAACAAACCAAUUGAUCUGUCACUCGGGCACCUGGAGAAACUACAGCAGCAUGUCCCGGAGGAAGCAGAGUAAACCCAGGCAAAUCAAACGGCCCCUAGAGGAUGCCAUUGAAGAUGAAGAAGAGGAUUGUCUGUCUGAGGAAAAUGACAUUGUCUCUAAAGAAGAUUUUCCCUUGGAGGAAAGCUUUACAUCAGAAUUUGAGCCAGAGAAUAUGAACUGUGAAGAAGUAGAAUAUUUUUGUAAUAAAGGAGAAGAAGAGACAACUCAUGACACGGUUGAGUCAGAUGGGGAAGCACAUUUAGAGAAAACUCUAAACACAAGAACGGAGACUGAAGACUGGGAUGGGCCAGGAGAAUUGGAAGCCAUCCUGAAGGACGGAGAACGCAAGAUUCAGAGCCGGCAGCAACUUCCAGUUGGAACGACAUGGGGGCCUUUUGCUGGCAAGAUGGAUCUGAAUAACGAUAGCAACACUUUGAAGACAAAGUCCCCUGUCCCAAUAGUGCUGCGAGAUGGUCCCAAAUGGUUGUUGGAUGUGUCUUGGCAAGGAGUAGAAGACAACAAAAACAAUUGCAUUGUGUACAACAAAGGAGGGCAACUGUGGUGCACAACAACCAAAACAAUCUUGGAAGGAGAAGAGCUAGUUGCCUUUGUUGUGGAUUUUGACUCAAGGCUACAAGCUGCAACUCAGAUGACUCUUACAGAUGGGAUGUAUCCUGCUCGCUUGUUGGACUCAAUACAGUUGCUUCCACAACAAGCAGCUAUGGCUUCUAUUUUGCCUACAGCUAUUGUCAACAAAGAUAUAUUCCCCUGUAAAUCAUGUGGCAUUUGGUAUCGGAGUGAGCGGAACCUGCAAGCUCAUCUCAUGUAUUACUGUAGUGGAAGGCAAAGAGAAAAUGUUCAGAAUUCAGAGGAAAAUGAAGACAGUGCCCACCAGAUAUCCAGUAUAUGUCCGUUCCCACAGUGUACAAAAAGCUUUUCUAAUGCAAGAGAUCUGGAACAGCACUUAAAUUCUCACACAGGUGUUAAAGUUGAAGAGUUCCUGCCUCCUGGGGCCAGUCUGAAAUGCACAGUUUGUAACUAUACAGCAGAAUCAGUGAUUAGCUUCCACAAGCACCUGUUCUCACAUCUUACUCAAGCUGCCUUUAGAUGUAAUCAGUGCCAUUUUGGCUUCCAAACGCAGAGGGAACUCCUACAACACCAGGAGCUUCAUGUCUCUGGAAGUAAACUACAACGGGAAGCUGAUACUGAACACUCUCCCAGUGGCAAUGAAGUAAAUGCACAACUGACGCCAGAACUGUUGAAUAAAAAUGAAGUGUUGCAAAGCCAAAAGUCUGUUCAAAAUAAAGAUGCAAGUUCUGACAGUGAACUCGAUAAAUGUGAAAAAAAGCCACAUCUUUUUCUUUCAAACCAGAGGCUGGAAGCAACAAAUAAACAUUUAUUUUCAUAUACUAAAAUAAAAUCAGAGCCUUCGAGCCCCAGGCUUGCUUCGUCACCAGUACAGCCCACUCUAGGGCCCUCCUUCCCAAUGGGGCCUUUUCUUUCUCAGUUCGCUUUCCCUCAUGAUAUCACAGUAGUUCCUCAAGCUUCAGAAAUACUAGCAAAGAUGUCUGAACUUGUACACAGGAGGCUUAGACAUAGCAGCAAUAGUUAUCCACCUGUUAUUUACAGCCCUUUGAUGCCAAAAGGGGCUACUUGUUUUGAGUGCAAUAUUACAUUCAACAAUUUGGACAAUUACCUGGUUCACAAAAAACACUAUUGCAGCAGCCGUUGGCAUCAUAUUAACAAACAAACAGAAUUCUCCAGUGUUUCUGAAAAGAUACCGGAAGCUGUGAGUCCCACUAGUGCUCAAAAUUCCAUAAAUAUUCUUAAUACCUCACUUCAUUCUUCUGAUACAGAUAGCAAACUCAUUCAAACACCCUGCAUUAAUUCUGGUACUGUUUUAGAUUUGCUAGGGUCAAACAUUAAGCAACGUGAAAAGGAAUUUGUGGCAGAAGUUAAAAAGAUCUCAAAUUCUAUUGGGAAUGAAGAGAAGAUAAAUGGAAAAACUGCAGAAAUCAAAACCUCAACAUCUCCACAGCUGGAAGGCGAUAAUAAUGAUCCAAACAAAACAACGUGUGAGGCCUGUAAUAUAACAUUUAGUAGACAUGAAACUUUCAUGGUUCAUAAACAAUACUACUGUGCGACACGCCAUGACCCACCAUUAAAAAGAUCUGCUUCAAACAAAGUGCCUGCCAUGCAGAGAACUAUGCGCACUAGAAAGCGCAGAAAGAUGUAUGAGAUGUGUCUUCCUGAGCCAGAACAAAGGUCUCAGCUGGUUCAGCAACACUUCCUUCAAGUAGCUAACCUUGGCAAUCCAUGUACAUCUGCACAAGAGACAGGAGAAGGUCUUGGAGAAUGUUAUCACCCCAGGUGCGAUAUCUUUCCAGGAGUGGUUUCAAAGCACUUGGAAACAUCACUGUCAAUUAAUAAAUGUGUUCCAGUUGUGAAAUGUGACACUCCUCAUUCAACUGUUUCCUCCUUGGAGAUGGAUGCACCAAUAGACCUUAGCAAAAAAUGUUUAACACCAUCAGAUAGAAUAUCCACAUCUCCAAAAAGACUUUUGGACUAUCAUGAAUGCACAGUCUGUAAAAUUGGUUUUAAUAAAGUGGAAAAUUACCUUGCCCACAAGCAAAAUUUCUGUCCUGUCACAGCCACCCAACGCAGUGAUAUGGGACAUCUGGAAAAUAAAACAUUUCCAAAUCCAGAAAGUGAAAGAAACAGCCCUGAAGUUAAUUUUGAAAGAAAUGUCAUAAAAUGUGAAAAAAAUAGAAACUCAAAGCAGUCUUCUCCAAAUGGGAACUUGUUUUCAACGCACUUAGCGACUCUUCAAGGUCUUAAAGUCUUUAGUGAUGCAGCCCAGCUUAUCACUACGAAAGAAGAAAACAAAAAUGCAUUUAUUUCACAAUGCCUUUACCCAGGAGCAAUAAAAAAAGCUAAAGGCGCAGAUCAGCUUUCACCGUAUUAUGGAAUCAAGCCAAGUGAUUACAUUGCUGGUUCUCUAGUUAUUCACAAUACGGAUUUAGAUCAAAGCACAAAUGUAGGAUGUGAGUCUCCCAAAAGUCAGAUACCUUCAAAUGGAUGUUCUUUGUUGAAGAAAGAGUCCCUCCCAUUAUUGCCAAAAAAUAGAGGCAUGGUAAUAGUUAAUGGUGGACUUAAGCAAGAAGAAAGGUCGACUGCAAAUCCACAACAAGAAAAUAUAUCCCAGAAUCCUUCACAAGAUGAUGCAAGCAAAUCUCCAUCCUGGGCUUCAGAUAAGCCAUUAACAGCCAAUGAAAAUGUUUCUCCAUCAACUCCCUCUACAGAGGAUCAGCUGUCAGGCAUAACAAAAAAUAUAAAUGGUUCGAGUGCAGCUGCUAACAGUGGGAAAUACUGCCGUCUGUGUGAUAUCCAGUUUAACAAUCUUUCAAACUUUAUUACCCACAAAAAGUUUUAUUGCUCAUCACAUGCAGCGGAACAUGUCAAAUGAACUGCCAUCUGUAAUUUUGGUACCACAUUUAACUAUAUUGUUUCAUGCAGUGAGAAAUAAAUGAUGCUGCUUAAUUGAUAUACGGACAAUCAGGAUAUCCAAUCAUUUUAAAUGACUUGAAGAAUUAAGGUGUUUUUUUCCAUAACAGUUUAUGCGUAAAAGUGUA